GUUCGAAAGUCAACUAAUCCAAAUCCCAAUCCUUCUCAACGCUCUCAGUCUCCAGUUCACUCUCCUCUCCGGUCAUCACUCAAUCAACUUCUCCCGCCGGCCACCAUGGCACAAGAACCCGCCGCCAGAAAGCUCAAAAUCAUCGCCGGAGCCGACUCCUUCGGCUGCACACUCAAAGACAACUUAGUCUCCCAACUCCGCGAUCUCAGCAUCGAAGUCGAAGACCUCGGCACCAACAAAUACUACUCCGUCGGUGAAGAAAUCGGCCGACGCGUCAGCCAAGCCUCGGCUAACCCGGACUCAUCAGUCGAAACCCGUGGCCUGGUCGCUUGUGGCACCGGCGUCGGCGUAGGCAUCUUCGCGAAUAAAUUCCCCGGCGUCUACGCCGCAACGUGUGUCACCCCAGAAGAAGCCCACAACGCCCGAUCAAUCAAUAACUGCAAUGUCCUCGCCGUCUCCGGCAUGUUGACGGAGCCCGAUGCCGCGAAAAAGAUUCUCCAGAAUUUUCUAGAUACUCCGUUCAAAUCUCCCUGCCCUGCCUUCGGGUCGAACCCCUGGCCGGCUGAAAUCGAAACAUUUUUGGAGAAUUCCGUCUCAGAAAUGUCAGGAAUAGGAAAAUCGGAGGAGAAGGUAGAUGUUCCGUGUGACUUAUGCUCAUUGCUGAAGAAUCGGAAGGAGGGGGAUUUUACUCCCGUGGAUAUAAUGCCCGGGGCGUCGAUGAAGAUCAUCAGGGAGAAUCCAACAUCGGCUAUAGUUCGAUUUAAGGCCGGGGCGAUGGAGCCGGCGCAUCAUCACACAUUUGGGCAUGAUCUGGUGGUGACCAAGGGGAGCAAGAGGGUGUGGAACUUGACUAAAGGGACGAAGUAUGAUUUGGUUGCGGGAGAUUACUUGUUUACCCCUGCUGGUGAUGUGCAUAGAGUCAAGUAUUUUGAGGAUACCGAGUUCUUCAUCAAGUGGGAUGGGCAUUGGGAUAUCUUCCUGGAUGAGGAUCUUGCUGCUGCCCAUGCUGCUGCAGAAAAGGAUGCAAAUUAGUUGGUGGGAUCUGUCUGGAAAUGUAAAAUGAUGGUAAAAAAAAAAAUUGUACUACUUUCUAGUAUGUCUCUAUGAGUAAAGUUGCUUGCUUCAGUUGCUUGUUAUAUGGGUGGUUUUAGUUUGAAAUACUCGAUUAGGUUUAUGUUUGGUUUGAUGUAAAAUUUGCUUUUUGCUGUAUCCCCAAGCAGAAAAUGAGGAAUAUCUUUGUUUGAGUUUGAUGUAACAAAUGAAUCAUGAGAAAAUAUCAUGUCUUUUUUCAAUUAAAGUGCAAUUUAAGGGAUUCUGAUGAUGAACAAGUUGUUGGUUAA